CAUCUCCUGAUAAGCACGCUGGCUGUCAUGCCUGACGCAAGGGGUCCAUCGCAAGUCCCUGACGACUGACUACCUGUCUUCCCCAGGCCCCUGAACGACUGCGAUUAUUUUGCAGUCUCUGCUGGUGAACCAACUUCUGGCAACAGCAGAUUUCGGGAUGACUUGGUGCUGUAAGUAUCGCUACGACGAUCGUUGCUCUGGCUCGCUCAUGGCGACAACACACGCCUUGGCGGAUUAGCCCAGGCAGCGGCUGACCCGAGUUUUGCCAGAGGCGAGGCGCACCAAGGCGUUUAAAGCGACAUAAAGUUCGAGGCGACGGGCACACGGACGAUUUUUUCCUCGUCCCAACACACCGACAUCGACUUUCGAACACAAGAGCAGCACCGCCACCUGCUUGUUUCGGGUCGGAGCAACGUACGACUGCACGAGUCACGUCCCAUGUUUUGACAUGGCGAGCUCGUCCGCCCAUGUCGGGCCUGCCUCCCUCUUGGAGUUGGAGAGUUCUGAUCAGGACGGUCACAAUUCAUCUGUGGAUGCAGGUCCGAUGGAGAGCAGCGAUCAGUUGACGGCCUCGACGAGUUGCCCCUGGCAAACGACCGAGUUUCACGAGGGGGAAUGCUCCCGCUACUUCGAUUGCCCGGGCCAUCAUAUCGCGAGAGAAACGUCAACGGACGACGAUGUCAAUGAUGAUGAGACGGCAGAGGGCGGCCCUUCCACGGUGCAAGAGCGUCGGGACACCCAACCUGCGAUCAGCUACGGGAACGCUGUCGAUGUUCCCACGGCACACGGGAACGAGCCAAGGUCAACAACCCAUGACGACCAGGACCCUAGCAGGUUUUCAGGGUCGACUUCGGGUGUACCGGUUGCCCAGGAGUCAGGUCAUGCGACUGGCAGCCAAGCAAACACGUACUCGCUGCCCAUUCGAUCCUCUUCUAUGGUCAGUACGACAAACAACGCCCUGAACGCCCAGCAAUAUCGUACAACUCCGCCCUCGCCAAAUCAUGUCCAGCGCUCAACCAGCGGCUAUAGGGAAGUUUGGCAGACCGAGGGUAGAGCGGGUUCCUAUGGCUUCGAGGAAGACCCCGACACGCGGAGACGAGGGAGCGGGUCGCGGGCCUCGCGUGACCAGUCGCCGGAUGCACCCAUUCCUCGCCGGCAUCGAACGCGCAACGACGGACAAGAGUCACCAGAGUUUGUGCUCCCUAGGUGGCAGCCUGAUGCAGAGGUCACGUAUUGUCCCAUUUGCCAUGCUCAAUUUAGCUUCUUCGUGCGCAAGCAUCACUGCCGAAAAUGCGGACGGGUGGUGUGCAACUCGUGCUCGCCGCAUCGCAUCAUCAUCCCUCAUCAGUAUAUCGUUCGCCCACCGGGGUCGGACAUGGCCAUGCCCCCCAGCCUGCUUCUUGAUGGCCUCGGCGCUGGGUACUUUGACGUAAACGGUCCCGCGGGCGGAGAACGGGUCAGGUUGUGCAAUCCUUGCGUACCAGACCCAAACACGGCGCCGCCACAGAGCCCGACAUCGUCGGCUGGCGCGUCGCCGCGCUCUUCACACCAGCGUUCUCGGAGCACCAUGGGCGGUACGUAUGCUGGCCCGCCCGCGAGCCACAGAUACGGAACGGUCCUUGCCACUGGCCGCCCUGGCGAUGUUCACCAGUAUUACUCGCCACGCACGAGGAGCAUUACAAUGGUCCGUGGGCCUCAUGGAGGCAGCUCUGGUUCAUCCGGCCAUCAUCGCACGACUGUCAUCUACCCAACUCCGCUUGACCGCCUGCUCGCCGUUGGCCCAUCCAGUACACCGUCUGGCUCGCGACGCCAUCGCCAUAGCUCGUUUGGUGAAGGCCCGUCUUCAUCCCGUCAACGGGCGCUGCCUCCGCCUCCUCAGAUCGCGGAGGAAGACGAGUGUCCCAUCUGUCACCGCGAGCUGCCAUCCCGGGAGCUGCCUGACUUCGACGAGCUGCGAGAAUCUCACAUCACCAUGUGCAUCCAAGCGCACAGCACCUACGGCAGCCCGAUGCCCCGAGAUGGGGACGACGGAGAGGCCCCCCUAGCGGCGCCACGGCGGACCGGCAUGUACUCGUACGCGGCGACGGAGAAGGACUGCAUCGACGACGCCGAGUGCACAAUUUGCUUGGAAGAAUUUACGGUGGGCGUGGCAAUGGCGCGCCUCGAGUGUCUCUGCCGUUUCCACCGGGCAUGCAUAUCGGCGUGGUUUGUGAACCACCCGGGGCGGUGUCCCGUCCACCAGCAUGACGGCUUCGGAUUUUAGCGUCUUGGGCCCGCGGCCCUUUGUCCUUCAUUACAUGUCUGGAGUUGGUCGGCCUUUUGUGUUCUUUGCUUCUAUUUGCAUUCAGAGCAAGCCGUGUCGUAUUGUGCAUUUCCACGUCUCCUCUCAUGGCUUCCAUGGCAUUCAUGAGGUCUUGUUAUUAUGUAGGCUGCAAGGCUGCAAGUCGGGCGUUUUGAGGGCAGUGUUGUCGGCCGUGGAGGGGGCAAGUCAUGUUUGAUACCACCGAGUCAGUCAUUCACUUUGCAUUAGGCAAGGCGAAGGCAAAGAAAGCAAAGGAGGCUUAGGGAAAGCCAUG